AUGGGACUAGUCAAGCAAGUUCGUUUCGGUAACAGUGGAUUACGCAUCUCGCCCAUCAUUCUCGGAUGCAUGACGUUUGGAUCCAAGGCGUGGAACUCGUGGCUUUUGGAGGAUAAGGAAGAAGUAUUUGCCUUGAUGAAAUUUUGUUAUGAUCAGGGUAUAAGGACGUUCGAUACGGCGGAUCAGUACAGUAAUGGUCUCAGUGAAAGAUUAAUUUGUGAAUUUCUGAAGCGAUACUCGAUUAGGAGAGAAACAGUCGUUAUCAUGUCUAAGAUUUUCUUUGCAGUGGAUGAAGCCAUUGAUGUGCCUCAGAAUAUCAAUCUUGCGGAUGCCGGGGUGCAAUUGGAUGUGAUUAACCAGAGGGGACUGUCACGUAAACAUAUUAUGGAUGGUGUGGCACGUUCUGUGGAGAGAUUGGGGACGUACAUUGAUGUUUUGCAAAUUCAUCGAUUCGAUGCGGAGACCCCCAUGGAGGAGACCAUGAGAGCCUUAAAUGAUGUUGUUGAAUUGGGACAAGUUAGAUAUUUGGGUGCAUCUCGGAUGUUGGGGACUCAAUUUGCAGAGUAUCAAUUCGUGGCGCAAUUGAAUGGAUGGCACCAAUUUAUUAACUGGCAAAGUCAGUACAAUUUGUUAUAUAGAGAGGACGAAAGAGAAGUGAUUCCAUUUGCUAAGAGACAUAAUAUUGCCCUAACACCAUUCUACCCGAAUGCAGGUGGACUACUAGCUAGACCUUUGGGCCAAGUCAGUGCGAGAACCAAGAGCGAUGAUCCCAAGGUAAAGAAAUUAACUGCAAGGGACAAAGAGAUUAUUAACCGUGUAGAACAGUUAUCUGUGGAGAAGGGUGUUUCCAUGGCACAGAUCUCGCUAGCAUGGCUUCUGCACAAGGGCUGCUACCCGAUCGUCGGUGUCAACAGUAUCCAGAGGGCACAGGAGUCUAUUGACGCACUCUCGUUGCAAUUGAGCGAACAGGACCUUUUGUUUCUGGAGGAGAUGUACGAACCACACAAGUUGAUAUAA